AUGUCAGGAUCUAUGAUGAUGCAGACUGGGAAAAGCGCCGUGUCUACAGGUUCAAUAAUCGUAUCAAGUGGUUCUGCUGGCACUGGAGCCUCCGGUGACGUGAAUGUAUUGUCUGGAAAUUCAUCGACCGGACAAACCGGAAGUAUAGUGGUUGCGGUUGGGCUUUCAAAAACCCGCGAAGGUGGGUCCAUCAGUCUUUUAAGUGGAAAUGGCACCAGUACUGGUGGUUCGGUUACCAUUCGGUCGGGGUAUGCGAAUCGUGGUAUUACAGGUGACGUGAAUAUCUCGACUUCGUCAGCUGGCAAAGGAAGUAGUACUGGGGCGAUAAAUCUCAGCACAGGGUCAUCAAAUUCGACCAGCGGCAAUCUAAUUAUGUCCAGUGGAUUGUCGACUAACUCUCAAGCUGGCAAUAUUGUUCUGUCGGUUGGCACCAGUAAGGCUACUUGGGGGGCGAAUUCCACAAUACUAGGCGGCUCAAACCGCCUUCGAGGUGGUGACGUCAAUCUUAUGGCUGUGGUGCUAUCACGAUGA